AUGAGCGGAAGAAACAAGAAUAACAAGAAAGGAAACAACAAGAACGUGAAUAAGGCAACGUCUGGACCAGCACCGGUGAGAUCUUCCUUGAGAUCAUCAGCCGAGUUGGAAGCAGCUGCGAAACUAUUCUGUGAGACUCCACUUGGAGAUGCAAGGGAAAACGGGCUCAAGGAAUCGGUCCCAGAGGAAGAAAAGUCUCCAGUAAUAGAGGAUUUAAAGAAUCUGAAUUUGAACGAAGAAGUCUUGGAAGAUCCAAAAAACUCAAAAAAAGUGCAAGACUUGGAGAAGAAGGUGAAACAACAGGCAGAUGAGAUAAUUGAUUUGAAAAAAAAACUCAAAGAUUGUGCUGACAAUGAGGAAAGAUUGAAGUAUAAGUUGGUCAAUACAGGAGCUGGAGAGAGUAAACUGGCAAAGUCGAACCGAGACCUCCGCGAAAAGAUACUCCGCAAAUCGCUUCAACUGGAUAACUUGACCCAAGACAACAAACAAUUAGUUUCAGUUCUCUCUAUGAUUUUGUCAUCUCUCCCUAACCCAUUACCACCAAUGCAUCAAGGAAAUCCAGCUGAACAGCUAUUGGGAUACCAAGAUAUCAAGAGGAACCUGGAGUCUGGAGUAGUCUUGAGAGAAGGCGUUGGAAUGAUGGAGAAAUUGAUCUCCAUUUCGAACAAACCUGAAAUUCAGGCUCAGGCUGCCCAGGAGAUCCAGGUAUACGAGCAAGGUUAUAUCGACUAUUUGCAAGCAUUGGAGUUCAAUAUAACGAAGAUUGUGACGACUGGACGCCUUGAGGAAACUAUCCGCCUUCCAGAUUUCCCAUCUUUCUCUGCAAAUCUCAUAACCGAGUAUUUUAAUGAAACGGAACUUCAACCAUCGUCAUCGAGACCUGCGGGAGUUGAGGUGAAAGACUUAAAGAGUCCGGGUGAAUCUACCUAA